UUAUAAUAUAAAUACCGGACAUUGUACACCGACAUCUGGACGAAGCCCUGAGCAGCCGCUACCAACGGUAGACGAAGAGAACUAUUUCGUCAAUGACAGCUACGAAUCUUUUUCACAUCCAAAUUUUAGGUGAGUUAAACAAAAAAAAAAUAUUCUAAUUUGAAACUGAAUUUAAAAAUAGAAUUUGAUUUUAUUGUUUUCGUUUAGGGGGUAUAUUUUUAUCCCAAAUGUUUCUGAGUUAAAGCUCUAAUAGUAUACAUUCAACAAGGCCAAAUUUUAAAAAAAUGAGUUUAAUUCCCCCCCCCCCCCUUUAUCUGCCCUUUCUCCUUUUUUUUUUCUCUCUUUUUUUUCCUUUCUUUCGUUUUUUCUUUAUUUCUGUAUACAUUCAACAAGGCCAAAUUUUAAAAAAAUGAGUUUAAUUCCCCCCCCCCCCCACUUUAUCUGUCCUUUCUUCUUUUAUUUUUCUGUCUUUAUAUUUCAAGCUUUCGUUAUUUCUUUCACAUUGCUUGAGCGCAUUUAUUCAUUUAUUAUCCAGUAUAAAAGUUUCAUAGACCUCUUUCUAAACUCAACCAUUUCCCUGUCAUCUCCCUAGUACACUCCGUUUAGCGUCUCUUCCUCAUCAUAGACUUCUUCAUUAGCCAAACCCUUCCCCUGUCACCCCCCUAGUACUACUCUGUAUAGCUUCUCUACGUUUCGAAACCUAACCAUCCUCGCGAACCAAUAAUACAAUCUUGUCUCUCAAUAUUGCAUGGUUAAUCGCUUGACUCCGUUGACCACUUAUGUUGUUCUAACAUAUAUCUUCGAAAUUCAUUGAUUAUUUCGGAUUAACGCCACACACCCUGUUACUAUUAAUUAAUAUACCAUGAAAAAUUAGUGUGUUUGAAAUAUAUAUUGAAAAAAAAAACAUUUAUAAAUUUCUUAUUAAGGAGAUAUGAAAAAGGAGGUUUUUUUUUAAAUAAUGACAUGUUUUAAAUAUCCAUUAGCGUAGGAUAUUGUUCAGUUGUAUUGACAAUUGCUAAAAUAAUUUAUUGUCCUUCUUUUCAAAGACAGAAAUUAUGGUAAUGUAUGCAUUUUCCGGACUUUGUUGAUCAACAAGAAUAUCUUUUGGACUAAAUUCUCUAACGCCUUUAUGACAUUGUUUGUCUUAUGGCCUCGUCACGGUAAAAAAAAAAGAAGCUAUAUUAAUGGUAACGGUGACAUUCCAGAAAAUUGGUCUAAACUUUCAUUUGACACUAAACUCUCGUGAAAUUGUAGCAUUUCCAUGACCUUUUCGCUGUCUACCGUAUAUCGUGCGAUUCAAUGGGUUUACUUGGAAUAUAAAAGGCCUUAUUUUUAAUAAAAACAUUUUUCAACUUGGCGAGUGAACAAGAAAUGUAAACGCUACACGUGCUUGAAUGCAUAUUGCAAUGCUUUUUAUCAUUUCAUCAUUAAAUGUUGUUUCAAUCUCAUUGCAUGAUCUAUGUUGUUUUUUUUUAAAUUCUAAGUCAAUACAUAAUUAUUAUUAUUACCGAAUCCUCAAGAUUUUAAACCCGUAAAUGAAAAUAUAAGAAAAUUUCAAAAAAUAUUUAUUUUAUUAUUUAACAUCGAUGGGUCCAUUUUCAGAUAUUUAUUUUUCCUACAUAUACGAUACCCAAAAAGAAACUUAGUCCAAAUAUGUUUCUAUAGUUUUCAGUACCCGACCUACCUCCCCCCUUCCUUUAAAUGUGUAGAAAUGUAAAUGCAGAACAUUUAUUUUUUUUGAUUAUCCUCUUAGCAUCUUGUCCAACGGCCCCACCAAAGCCAACGUCGCCUACUUUUACGAUCCGCCGCUGAACUACGCUGACGCAAGUGCGGCCUGUGAGCGCCUGAACGCACAUCUGUUCGUAGCGUACACCGCGGAGAAAUAUUGGUUGGUGAGAUCCAUCAUCAACAUCACUCACAAGGUCUACAUUGGUCUGGACGACAUCGCCGUAGAAGGCAGAUUCGUGUGGGUGGACAGUGGUCAAGAGAUUAAUAGCUCGUUAAGGGCGUCUAUAUUCCACCCCGGACAACCGGACAACUGGGC